AGGAGUUUAUUACACUAUAGAACUCGCACAAGGUGAUGAUUUACAAGCUCGACUACCUGUAGGUGGUAUCGGAAUGAAUCUGAUUGAUCCACAAUGGCGUGAUGUUACAAUAGAAAUGCCCUAUGCUACUCAUUUUGUUCCUUUUAUCCAAUUUACAAACAUUACGAGCUCAUUAGAUAUUGAUGAUUUAGCAAUUUCAUUGUCUUCGAGUUCAAAACCUAUUCCACCAAUUACAACGAUAUUGGAUUGUCAUUAUAUUUGGCUUAAUAAUUCCGAUUCAUUACAACCGGGCGGUGCUGGAUAUUUAAGCACACGUCUCUUUCGUAUCACAGUGUCUGAUCCUGUAUAUUGUCUUAGUUUUCAAUAUUAUAGAUUUGGACUUACAUUCCGAACUAGUAAACUUACUGUAUUAGCAUUCGAUGAACAGAAUCAAAAAUCUAUUGCACAAAUUUGGCCAAUUAAUUCUAUUAAUUAUACUUAUAUAAAUCAACGAUGGUCUUGGGCCUAUGCACCAUUACUAAUAGGCAGCUAUUCUCUUCUAUUUCGAAUGGAUUCUGACUAUGAAGUAGAUAGAUAUCUUCAAAAAUAUUUUUAUGGCACUUCACAUCUUGAAUUUGCCUGUGAUUUUGAUUCGCCCUUGGAUUCAACAUGUGGUAUACGAGAUGAUCAUAUAGAUUUCCAUCCAGAAACUGUCAUUAACUAUACCAUAAAAUCACCGAAUACUAUCAAUGAUCGAGAUCUUGGUCCAAGACAAACAACAGGUUGGAGUGGUGAUUGGUUUCUUUAUUGGUCACGUUCUGAACAGACAUCAGCAAGAUUAAUUAAUGGACAAUUUAAAACACCGUUGAUUGAAACAAAUAGAGAUAUGUGUAUUAGAUUUGCUUAUUUCGUUAAUUCGACUGAUGUUCAACGAAAUGAAAACAAUACGAAGAUAGAUGUUAUUGCCCGUGGCUGUCAUACAGCAUCUAUUUGGUCUAUUGAAUUAGACAAUAGUUUUGGCUGGCAAUUAAUCAUCGGGCCUUUCAAUCCUACUGCUUGUACACAGGGAAUUUAUUUUCGCAUUACUCAAAAACGACCAACACGAGUAGCUGUCGCUUUUGAUGAUAUCACUAUUGCACAAUGUGGUACAUUAAAUGUAUUGACUACUGUUGAACCACCAUUUACUACACCUUUUAACAAAACUUCAUUGAAUUACAUCAAUUACAUUCUUUUAAUUACUAUUUUACUUUUCAUGUUGAAUAUACGACGUUCGUAUUAA